GUGAUACCUUCUCCGAGAUGGAGGAAAGCGGGGAGAAAGAACAACUGUGGGGCACUCUACCCUUCUGAUUCCUUAUUUUUUCUUCUCUGUAACUCAGUGGGUCAUCAUGGGGACAGCCAAGAACAACCACACUGUACUGAAACUUCCCCUCCUUGACAAACCCAAGACACAGAAAAACUAUGCCCAACCUGAGGUUCUGUGUCACACCUUUGAGACCCUGUCUAACCUUCACAAACUGCUGCCAAAUCAUAUGAUGGAGACACUCUACUUCUACAAGAGGGAAGAGGACAAACAAAAUUGUCAGAAUUCUGAAUUCUCUGGCUUAGAAAGGAUCUUAGCAAGACAUCAGUUUCCAAAAGAGAUUAAUCUGACUCCCAAUCCAAGUAGCAUGCCCCUGUGGAGAAGAAAAUGCAUCAACAAUGCAAAUCGUGGGUGGAAGAAAUGUCAAUUGUGGAAUAAAAGCCUUGAGGAACCUCCAAUGUCAACCAUAGUUGUCAGAAAACAUAUUCAAGAAGAUAUACUGCAAAGUCACAGCCUAAGGAUUACAAGCAGGAAAUUGAAAGAAAAGGCUAAUCAUAGCUAAGGGGACACGAACAGGAAAGUUGCAGUGCUUUUUGGACAUGCAGAACCUACCCGAAGCCAACAAGUUCUAAAUAAUGAAUGCCCAACUUGGUUGUGUGAAGUAGCAGCCACCAUUACUCAUCUUACUACACCAAAUCAAACGAGAGAUCACAAAAAUAGGAAUGAUGCUGAAACACUAUAGCUUUUGAGUGAAAUAGGGGAAGAACAGAAAAGCAGAACAAACUCUCACGGCAGGUCGCGUUA